AUAUAAAAAAUACAAUUCUGUCAUACGCGGAAGGUCAAACGCAUGCUUUUGAGCGAACCUGCUUGUUUUGGACACCGGGGAAGAUGCUGCGUUUGGGAUAAAGUAGGAAAAUAGCGAUUUUUUAAAUUAGUAGCCGGCGAGAACUCUAACAUUCGCUCGUGUAAACACAAUGCUACAUCCAGUUAGUGAGUAAGGAACUAUAUUACAGCCACUAAAUAGGUAGCCUUGCUUGUCGACCUCCUUCUCAGGGUGGCAUUAAGCUAAAUUCUUAAAUAUACCGCCAUUUAUUACCUGCCGCUAUGUUGAGGAGCCUUGUCAAACUGCAGAGUCGUGUAGGAAAUGUCCUUUCACUCAGCAGUGUGUGCCCAAGAGGCCAGCUCUGUAAAAUCCCACUGAAUCACAAGGCAUACUCCACAGCCACAUCAGAGAGGAAGAAAUUUUAUGAAGAUGUCAGCAUCUCCCAAGGUGAAGGUGGCUUGUAUGAGAUCAACCUAGACCGGAGGAAACUGAAAACGCCAGGAGGGAAGCUGUUCACCGUGCCAAAUGAAGCCCUGGCCAUCGCCGUGGCAACCGAGUGGGAUGCUCAGAGGGACACGCUCAAGUUCUACACCAUGCAUCUGACUACACUGUGCAACACAGCUAUAGACAAUCCCACGCAACGUGACAAGGACCAGAUGAUCAAAGCUGCGCUCAAGUUCCUGGAGACCGAUACUAUCUGUUACAGAGUAGAGGAGCCUCUCGGUUUGGUUGAGCUACAGAAGAAUGAGUGGGACCCUGUGCUGCAUUGGGUAGAAGACAGGUACAAUGUAGUUAUUGGCUCCUCCUCCAGUAUUUUGGGUCCAGAAAUCCCAGAGGCAACUAAGGAUACAUUCCAGCAACACCUCAGUUCUUACAGCUUCUGGUCGCUGACAGGGCUUGAGUAUGUGAUCACCCAGCUGAAGUCAGUGGUGCUGUCGUUGGGAGUGAUCGACAGACAUCUGACUGUUGAACAGGCGGUGCUGCUGUCCAGACUGGAGGAGGAAUACCAGAUUCAGCGCUGGGGGAACGUGGAGUGGGCCCACGACUACGACAUGUAUGAGCUGAGGGCACGGACUGCUGCCGGAGCUCUUUUCGUUCAUCUGUCGUCCGAGAGUUCAACCGUCAAACGCAAACUUCUGCAGGACUGAGAGUGAUGAGGAGCCCUGGGAGCAGCACAGUGUUCAAUACACAAACACCAAACUCUUGGAAAACACCCAACAAAUCUGCCCUCAAACUACAGGGUAGCCCUGUCUCUGUGGGAUUCAUUUUAUGUAUUCAUACUUCCAAGAAGACAAAAAAACAAAAAAACAACAACAACACAUCCUGUCUGUCCUGGUUAGCGGUGUCAGCUGCUCUGUCGGUGAUCAGUUAAAGGGUCAGAGCCAUUUCAUCCCCAGUGAAAUCACACUGGCUGCUUGGCUUUAUUUACAGUGUUUAUAGGUGGCAGCUGCCAAGUGUGACACCCAUGGCUGUGUUUUGAGUCGCUUCUCAGUCAUCCGUGACAUUUUGGACACUGUGUAUGGUUGCAUGAGAACAGUGACUAAUGUUGUUGUCUGUUUGGCGGCGGAAUGUUAAUUCCCUCUGCGCUCUUUCUCGCUGCAUCUGAAUACAGUACAGACCAUAUGCAGUCCUAACACUAAGCACUUUCCAAAUGAACUGUAGUGUAUGGAAAGUAAAUGGUAAAGGCAUACUGUAUGUGGGAAAAUAUCCACACAUGCCAUUAAAACUACAUUAGAUACUGUGUUCAGAAUAUUUUUAUGGAAUUGGCCAAGUCAUUCACACAUUCUAGCAUUUUCAGCGUGCUGAUGCUGAGGGGAAGAAUAUUGUGCUCAGGAUACAGAGAUAGCCUGCUCAUCAGCAUGUUCACAGUACAGCUUCUAUACAAAAGCCUAGUUUCAGCAGAAAUCUCCCACAGCCUCAUCAGGUGGUCAUCUUCUUGUGCAAAGUCGACAGUUUUGUUGUUACAGUAAAAAUAAAUCAACAGAAUGGAA